AUGCAAAACUUUGCCGAAAAGGAAGAAUACAAGAACUACUUGGAAAAGAGUGGUGUUAUCGAUGCUUUAACAAAGGUACUCGUAGGUUUAUAUGAAGAGACUGAAAAGCCAUCAGAUGCUUUAGAAUUCAUCAAGAAACAUUUGGGUAACUCUUUGGGUAUCGAUGUUGAAGCUUUGAAGCAAGAAAAUGUUGAAUUAAAGGCUGAAGUCGUUGCUUUGACUCAACGUGUUGAAGAUCUUUCAAAAAAGCUUGAAGCAGCUCAAAAAGCAACAAUCUAA